AUGAAGUAUUUCCAGAAUGGAUUGAACCAAAUUUGUCAAUAAAUUAUUCGACCCGCAAGAGCCUAAUACACCUUAUAUGAUUUGUCUUCCUUCUAGAUUCAAGAGGAAACCCAAUACAUGAGGGAAGAUUUCGAUAUCAUCAAUCCUAGAUAAGAAGUGAUCAAAGUUAGUUAAUACAUAGGCUAAUAAAAAAGUGAUGUUUGCAUCAUUUAUCUGCAUACAGCCAAUGGUUCUAGAAUGGAAGUGAGCAAAUAUGUCUCAAUGAUUAUUAAAAAUGGGUUUGGUUUAAUCUCAUUUGAUUUCACUGGAUCUGGAAUGUCUGAUGGAGAGAUCGUGACCUAUGGACACAGAGAAGUUGAAGACUUGUAAACUAUUAUUACUCACUUCCAAUCAUCCUAUAAAUAAAUCAUUCUAUGGGGAAGAUCUAUGGGCUCUGCUAUUGCUAUUCAGUACAUGCAAAAAUUCAAUAACUUAAUUAUCAAAGGAAUGAUUUUGGACAGUCCAUUCGUUUGUUUACUAGAUGUAAAUAAUAAGCUCUAAUAGGAUUAGGUGAUCUUGCAAAUGGCAUCCAGCAGAACCAAAAUUCCCAAUUUCAUUUUGAAGAGUCUGUCAACAUUUGUGUCUAAUGAACUCAAAAAAUAAGCUGGAUUUGAUUUAGAUGAAAUUAAUUGCAUAAAAAAGAUCUCUUAAAUCAAAUGUCCAGCUAUUUUUGUGACUUCCAAACAGGAUGCAAUUGUUCCACCUGAAUAAACUGAAAAACUAUUUAAAGCUUAUACUGGUAUCAAAAAAAUUUAAUACAUAAAUCAAUAACACAAUGGCAUAAGGGACCAUUCUUUUAUUGAAACUCUUAUCCAGUGGUUUAAGAAGAGAACUCCUAUAUUUGAGAGACUGGGAGUGGGCACUUAGAUCAAACAAAAAAUAAUGCAUAAAUCCAAAAAUACCUUAGGAUCAAUUAAGUAGGUUUCAUUGGAUCUCUACAAGGAAAGAUCAUCAACUCUAGAACAUUAAAGAAGUCUGAACGAUUCAAUAUCUCCCAGGUAGAAGAUCAUAGAUCAAAAGAAACCAACUGCAGAGGAGAAGUAUAACCAAUUACUAGAAACCUAAAGGUCUCUUUAUGUAGAUAGAUCUGCCUCUGCACAAAGAAUUUAGAUCAGCAACUCUAUUGAUUAUUAGAUGUCUCCAAUGCCUUUAGCACCUUUGAGCAAUAAAAUUAUCACUUCCUCGUAACACAAUUACUUCUCUCAUUCAAAACCUAUUACUUUCACUAAGGUCCCUCAUAAGACAAAAGAUGGAACGCAUUUUUGA